AUGCCGACCAUGUCUGGCGCCAUUUCUGGCAGCGGCAGCGGCAGCGGCAGCGGCAACACUUCACCCUCUGCCAUCAGACACAUUCGCUACGCCUCCGACUCCCAGAUCCCCUCGCGCCAUCACGCUAUUGGCAUCAUGGAGGAUCCCGAGCAGGAGACCCGCCCCGAUCUGCAGACCUUCGAUUCAAGUGGCACUGGAAGCAGCGGCGAUGAUCAUUACAAUCCCUCCCACUCCCACCACGAUUCCUACUCCGACAGCGAUCGAGUCUCGCGCACCCAUUUCUCCCCCAGCACCAGCAGUCUGAGCUAUAGCGGCCAGGAUGAGGUGACUCCACUCACUAAUGUCAGCACCUAUGGCUGGACGCCAACAUCAAAUAUGUCGCGCACGAGCACGAGAGGUACGGGAAGCAUCCCGCACGCGACUGUUCCCGAAUAUGCCACUUUGCCGCCAGGCUCGUCCGUGGUCAAUGGAGGAAUGCCCAGCAAGCAGUCGCGACCCAGCAACACGAGGCAACCCAGCAGUGUUUACAGGCCAGAGCGAGGUCCGGGAGGUUCCAUGCGUGGUGUCUUCAACUCCAUCGAUACAAGACGGCCCCGGAAUUCAUCCGCGCAUGCACGAAAACGGAGGAAUCCGAACGAUGAAUAUCGAGCGCAGGAAAAGGCAUACGUGCAGCGAAUACAGCAGACCGGGCAGGAAAAUGAGUUCUAUACCGAGCCGCGGACGCCCAGUCUCGACUACAGCUCAGGGAGUGAGUCGGAUGAGGAAAGCCCUACGAACCUAGCACACGUGGAUCAUGAUCCUGCCGAGGUGGACACAUUAUUAUACUAUGGCAGCGAGGAUCUGGAGCCGUCGGUGGAAGAGCUUAAUAUACCAGCCAAUCGAGAACGGUUAGAAUGGCAUGCAAUGUUGGCCAACGUGUUGACGGGAGAUGUCGUGAAGCAAGAGAAGAAGCGAUUGAUCGGCGGACCUGAACAGCAAGGAGAUGCAGCAAUCAAAAAUGAAGUGUGGAUAGGCGUAAGAGCAAAGACCUGUGGAAGAUCGAUAGCAGCUCAGAAGCGAUUGAUCGAAGAUGGCAGGUCCAAAAUCAAGACUGCGAUAGAAUCCAUCAUCGCAUUCGAGAUUAAAGGAGAGGCGGAAGCUGGCAAGUCGGCGACCGAGCAGGUCGAGGACAUAGUAAAGAAGAUUGAGAAGGUCGUAAACUUAUACCCUACACGCCAGGCUUUCGAGGCCGCACAUCCACGAGCUGCGUCAUCAGCAUUCAAGGACACCUGCGAUGCUGUAAUUUCAUGGCACAACACGACCGAGCUGAUCAACACCGAACUGGGCAUCCUCCAAAGCUGGGUCGGCAACGAAUCGCUCGACUUUACUGCAGCUCGAACCCGACCGGAAGGCGAGGAACGCAACGAGCUAUUCGACGACAGCUCGUUUAUUGACCGAAUCCUGAAGGAGGAUGGAUUAAAAUCUCUACAAGGCGACAAGAGCUUGUUGAAUGGGGUCAACACGGUCAUUCACAAGGCGAAGGCGACUCUUAUUGCGAACGCUGAAGCGUUCUCAGAUCGACACCUGCCACCAUACAUUGAGGAAUUGCUCACUCUCAUCAACUUCCCUUCCCGACUGAUACAGGAGAUCAUUCGCAUGCGACUAUCCUAUGCAAAGAAGAUGAAAGACCCGGCCCAGCAAGGUGUUAUGACUGCCGAGCAAAUGAUUCUGCAGUUUCAGAUUCUUCUUCAACUCGCCGUCCGGAUAAAGGAAGCAUAUAACGUUAUUGCACAACCCGAGCCUGGCUGGGAUCUGCCGCCCUGCAUCGAUGAUGCCUUUGAUUCUGUAAUUCUGGACGCUCUUAAAUUCUACUUCAAGAUGCUCAACUGGAAGCUCAUGGCCAACAAGAACACAUUCAAAGAGGCAGAAAUCCUUGAGCAAGAAUGGGACUUCUCUAAUGAACUCGGACGGCAUCUCGAUGGAGGUGAUGUUGAGGUUGCAGAACAAUUCUCCAGCUUAACAUCCAAGUCAAUGGGACGACUCGCAGCACAUUUCGAAAAAGAGCUGCAACGACCGCCUGAUGAAGUCGCAGGUACCUCUGAGAUGGACAAGCGUUACAAGAGCAUUCUCGACUCAGUUCGUGUGAGACAACGAAAGAUUUUCCGUUUCGGCAGGAUCUUGAGUCAAAGAUUCGAAAACGCGACCGAAUACAACAUCAACAUCGACAAUGACCAAUAUGAAGACCUGCUACUUGCACUUCGAUUAUCGGGCCACUUUCUCGUCGAGACCAGCGCAGACAGCCCUCCGGCCAUCGCGGAAGGUGACAGCGAGAAGAAUGCAGGCAAGCUCUAUAUCAUAGCUAGUCCAGUUCUUCGAGAUCGGCCGAAGGAUGUCCAGAGUAUGCUGGGAACUUGUUACCACGCCGAAGACAGCCCUGAAGACCCUAGCAACCCAUACGUGCUAAUCCUACGACCUGAAAAUCCACUUCUCUGGGAUGGAGAUCGCAUGGAAGCGAUGCAACUGGGUAAAGAAGUGCUUAAAGUCCCGCAAUCGUUAGACCUCAGGACUGGACGCAUGCGACUUGUUGCAGAUGGGAGUCAGCAGCGACUUGCGAACGCCAACAUGGCUUUCGUCAAUGCGAUUGGUAACUUUGACCUCACGAUACUCGUCGAGCAACGAGCAAAUCUACCACGAGUCAAUCAAGAGCUCGCCAAAAUCAGAAAGACUGCACACAAGCUCUCUAAUACCAUCAUGGACUCCGUUGCGAUUGUCCGGUCACAAACAGAAGCCGCUGGUCGCAAGCUCGAGAGCCAAGAACUCAUCCAGAACUGCUUCGCUUUCGCAACCGAGUUUGGUCAGCGUUCGGCCAUUCACAUGGAUGCACAACGACGUGCCGUCAACCAGCAUAAACUCACAAAGCUGGCACUUGACUGGGUCUCUUUCAUCUGCGACGAUUGUGUGGCAAGCGACCGAAAGACCUUCCGAUGGGCUGUAGUUGCUCUAGAAUUUGCCAUGGUCAUGACACGAGGUCAAAACAUCCUCUCAAUAUCUGAUGAAGAGUAUUCAAAGCUCCGACAGAAGGUCUCUGGCUGCAUGUCACUGCUCAUCUCACACUUCGACAUCAUGGGCGCCAGAGGUACUGUGGCCGCACAAGCAGAGAAGCAACGCAUGGACGCCAUGGUCGGCAAGCUUCGGUUGGAUGUCGGCAAGCUCAAGGAUGAUGAAGAAAGCUCUCGGAUCGUACGCAUGCAAUGGCUGGAUGAACUUGAAAAGAUCGAUCAACUCCGGAAAGACCGGGAAGCAGAACGUCAAGCAUUAGGUCGUGUUCUUGAAGACAGUAACGAUGCCGAUCGAGCACUUACACACCUGUCAGCAUCUGCUGGCAACGUACAUCUCAGAUGGCAGCAAGGUCAAUUCGUCGGAGGCGGCACCUUCGGCUCGGUGUAUGCUGCCAUUAAUCUGGAUAGCGGUCAUCUGAUGGCCGUCAAGGAGAUUCGUCUCCAAGAUCCGAAGAUGAUUCCAACCAUCGUCAGCCAGAUUCGAGAUGAAAUGGGCGUGCUGCAAGUGCUUGACCAUCCGAACAUUGUUCAAUACUAUGGUAUCGAGCCUCAUCGCGACAAGGUAUAUAUCUUCAUGGAAUACUGCUCAGGUGGAUCAAUCGCCGGUUUACUCGAGCACGGCCGUGUAGAAGACGAGAUGGUUGUUCAGGUGUACGCGCUGCAAAUGCUGGAAGGUUUAGGCUACCUUCACGAAGCGGGCGUCGUGCAUCGCGACAUCAAGCCCGAGAACAUUCUUUUGGACCACAACGGAGUCAUCAAAUUCGUCGACUUCGGUGCAGCAAAGGUGAUCGCAAAGCAAGGCAAAACCAUAGUCGCCGAUGGUCAAGGCGGCAAUGGCCGACAACGGAGCGUCCAAGGCACACCAAUGUAUAUGUCUCCCGAAGUCAUCAAAGGCGCUCCCCAGGGCUCAUCGGCACGAGGCCGUCUUGGAGCAGCAGAUAUCUGGUCACUGGGCUGCGUCAUCUCUGAAAUGGCAACCGGGUCCCGACCCUGGGCGAACAUGGACAACGACUUCGCGAUCAUGUACAACAUUGCCAAUGGCAAUACACCUCUGAUGCCCACAAAAGAACAGAUGAGCGAAUCUGGUCUCGAUCUCCUUCGCCGCUGUUUCGAACGUGAUCCUGCGAAACGUGCUUCCGCCGCAGAACUCCUUCAGCACGAAUGGAUCGUAGGAAUAAAAGUCCAAUUAUCUCUCGAGCCUGGAACUCCUGCUACUCCUGCUUCGGAAUCUUCAUUUGGUGGUUUGGCGACGCCGAGCAGGCAACUCGCCAGAGAGAUCCGCGAAGAGAUUCCCGGUGCCGCUGCUACGGAAAGGAGAACGAAAUCAGAUUCUGGAAUGGAUCAGGAGAGUAAGACGGAUGUUACUACUGCUGGUAGACGGACCUGUGCUGUGAGGUUUUUGGAGGAUACGCAGAGGAGCAGUAUCUCUUUCUUUUCAUCGUUGUCAUUUGCGGUUACGACCUACCAUGGCAUGGCACACAAAUUGGGCUUGGCGAAGGAGUUGGAUUUGGGAUUUGAGAAACCUACCAUUAGCGUCUGGAGUUAG